AUGAAAUGCUCCCUGCUGCUGCCUCUUCUCCUGCUGGGGACACUCUCUGCUCUUUAUCCGGAGAAUGAUGCCUCCCACCUGGGCAGCAGAGAGACACAGGCUGACCUGAGCCAGGAUCUGGAAGCUUCGGGGGAACAGGAGGGAGAGCUGGCCCUGAAUUAUGGAGUGCCUGAGUCAGAGGAAGAGGACGAUGUGGCUUCCGGCUGUCAAGAUGCGUUUGAGGAUGAGGGGGCCAUGGAUUCAGACCCAGCUGCCCUACACAAGGAUUUGCAGUGCCCUAAGGAAGAGGACACGAUUCAGGUCCCAGGCAGUCCUGGGUGCAAGACCUGCCGCCUCCUGUUGGUGCGGACCCCGAAGAACUUUUGGGACGCUCAGCGUACAUGCCAGAGGUGCUACCGAGGCAACCUCAUCUCCAUCCACAACUCCAGUUUCAACUAUCGCAUCCAGUGCUGGGUCAGUAGGAUCAACGAAGCACAGCUCUGGAUCGGAGGCUACGACAGGGGCCGGUUCCGGAACAACAGAUUUCACUGGACUGACGGCAGUAGCUGUAAUUUUGAACACUGGGCCCCAGGGCAACCUAGGAAUGGGAAGGGCCAGUGUGUGGCCCUGUGCACCAGAGGAGGUCACUGGCGACGAGCUCCUUGCCAAAGACGUCUGUCCUUCAUCUGCUCCUACUAA